AUGCCUUUUCUUAUUGUUGUGUCCACCGUAGGUUCCUGUGUUGUUCGCGAUGCCACAGGGAACGUUAACAACACCUUUGUCACUGAGCUGACAAACUGCACUACUGCAGCUUGCAAACUGAACUAUGACUUCUCAUCCUGUGAGUCAGGCUGUCAGUAUGGGCUGAUGAACAAUUUUCAGGUAAUGAGCAUGGUGUCAGGAUUUGCGCCACUGAUCUCUGCAGGUAUUUUUUCAGCAACUCUGUCAUCUGCAUUAGCAUCUCUUGUGAGUGCACCUAAGAUCUUCCAGGCUUUGUGCAAGGACAGCAUUUAUCCAGGAUUUCAGAUGUUUGCUAAAGGCUAUGGGAAGAACAAUGAACCACUGAGAGGAUAUAUUCUAACAUUUUUAAUUGCUCUUGGAUUCAUACUUAUUGCUGAACUGAACGUCAUUGCUCCAAUUAUUUCUAAUUUCUUCCUGGCCUCAUAUGCCUUGAUUAACUUCUCUGUGUUCCAUGCUUCUCUUGCAAAAUCCCCAGGUUGGCGCCCUGCUUUCAAAUACUACAACAUGUGGAUUUCGCUUGUUGGAGCUAUUCUGUGCUGCAUUGUCAUGUUUGUCAUCAAUUGGUGGGCAGCACUUCUCACAUAUGUCAUAGUCCUUGGACUGUACAUUUAUGUCACCUACAAGAAACCAGAUGUGAACUGGGGAUCCUCAACCCAAGCCUUGACUUACUUGAAUGCACUACAGCAUUCUAUUCGGCUCUCAGGAGUGGAAGAUCACGUGAAGAACUUCAGACCUCAGUGCUUAGUUAUGACAGGUGCUCCAAAUGCACGUCCAGCUUUGCUUCACCUUGUCCAUGCUUUCACCAAGAAUGUGGGCUUGAUGAUCUGUGGCCAUGUGCAUAUGGGUCCCCGGAGACAAGCCAUGAAGGAACUGUCAACUGAUUUGGCUAAGUAUCAGCGAUGGCUAAUUAAAAACAAGAUGAAAGCUUUCUAUGCACCAGUGCAUGCAGAGGACUUGAGAGAUGGAGGACAAUACUUAAUGCAGGCUGCUGGUCUGGGUAGAAUGAGACCUAACACCCUUGUUGUUGGAUUUAAGAAAAACUGGAGACAAAGUGAUAUGAGAGAUGUUGAAACCUACAUCAACUUAUUCCAUGAUGCCUUUGAUGUUCAGUUUGGUGUAGUUGUCAUUCGCCUGCAGGAGGGCCUGGACAUUUCUCACCUUCAGGGCCAAGAAGAGUUACUGUCAUCCCAGGAAAAAUCUCCAUGUACCAAGGAUGUCAUAGUAAAAGUGGAUUACAGCAAGAAGUCUGAGACAGACACUUCUAUAGCUUUUGCUCCAGUAUCUGGUGAAAGAACUUCUGGUCUGCAUAAAGAGGAGAACGAGGAUGGAAAGGCUCCAACAACACAACCACUGUUGAAAAAAGAUGCAAAGAGUACAUCUCCUCUAAACUCGGCUGACCAAAGUCUUCUUGAUGCCAGUACUCAGUUUCAGAAGAAACAAGGCAAAAGCAAUAUUGAUGUCUGGUGGCUCUUUGAUGAUGGAGGUUUGACACUGUUGAUUCCUUACCUUAUUACAACCAAAAAGAAGUGGAAGGACUGCAAGAUCAGAGUGUUCAUUGGAGGAAAAAUAAACAGGAUUGAUCAUGACAGAAGAGCGAUGGCUACUUUGCUCAGCAAAUUCCGGAUAGACUUCUCAGAUAUUACGGUUCUUGGGGAUAUUAAUACAAAGCCAAAGAAAGAAAAUAUUGCAGCUUUUGAGGAAAUGAUAGAGCCCUUCCGACUUCAUGAAGAUGAUAAAGAACAAGAAGUUGCAGAUAAAAUGAAGGAGGAUGAACCCUGGAGGAUAACAGAUAAUGAACUUGAGCUUUACAAAACAAAGACUUACCGACAGAUUAGGCUAAACGAGUUGCUGAAAGAACAUUCAAGUACAGCUAAGAUAAUUGUCAUGAGUUUGCCGGUUGCACGAAAAGGAGCAGUUUCUAGUGCGCUGUACAUGGCCUGGUUAGAAGCUCUUUCUAAAGAUCUGCCACCCAUUCUCCUCGUCCGUGGGAAUCACCAGAGUGUUCUCACGUUCUAUUCCUAAGAGUACUGCAAAUAGGACAGCUGUGAUGAAAUGGUACUUCAGUGCCCAGCGGAGAGUGACUGACAUGGUCUAUAGUUCAUUAACAUCACAAAGGCAAAAAGUGACUCUUCUUUCACUAUUUCACUGACUUGAAAGCACACAAGGAAAGUCACUGUAUUUCUAAAGUUGUGACAUCUUCAGUUUUAUUCUAUAUUUUCUGUAAUUUAAUCUUGCUUAAUGGGGGAGGAUUCUUUGUUAGACUGAAGAACAAGACAAGCUUUCUGUUUGCUAUUUGAAUAGCAGCAAUAAAAUGUAUUUUUGCUCAAUGAAAGGAUUAUAGAUUUAUAAAAGCCUUUUAGCCUUGAGGUGCCUUCUGAAAUUAACCAAAUCUCACCCAUACAUCCUAUUUUGUAAAUUUAUAUAGAAUGUCAAAAUCUGCCUUCAACUAAGAGUUUAGAUCAGACUUCCUUUGGUUUCUAGUCUCUUCCAUAUUACGAUAAAAAUGAAUGCUGCUUUUCA